UGAGGCGCCGAGCGGAACGGCCUCUGGUGACAUUUUCUCCGGGCGGCUCGGACGAGUGAAGGGACUUGGUGGUGGAGGCUGCGGAGGCGGCGAGCUUCGCUUUGGCCCCGGUGGGGCUCUGACCGCGACCCCCUGCUCGCCGCCGGGGCUUGUGCAGAGGAAGAGAAGGCGGCGGUGGCCGUGACGUUCAGAGUCGCCGCGGCCCGGAGAGACCUGGCCCGGAGGGGGUCGGUGUGUGCCCCGACGGGGCGCGCGGAGCGAGCGAGGAGGUGCGGGGCCGCCGCGGAGCGCAGAUUGAACCGCUUGAACAGUUUGUGCUGGAUGUGCUUUUCGUUUCUCGCCUGAGCUGCUUUCUGAAUCCUUCCACCCAGUAGGAUGAAAAACCCACUGAUGAUGAUGCUUUGUCAAGGUUGCUUUCCCGUUGCAUCUUUGACAUAGUUUCCUAGACUCUGCUCCAUGAUUUAACUUGAAAGUCUGAAAUGAAGAUGGAGGAGGCAGUGGGAAAAGUUGAAGAACUCAUUGAGUCUGAAGUCCCACCAAAAACAUCUGAACAAGAGACAGCUAAGGAGGAAGAUGGAUCUGUAGAACUGGAAUCUCAAGUUCCGAAAGAUGGUGUGGUGGAUUCUACAGUUCUUUCUUCAAUGCCCUGCUUGUUGAUGGAACUGAGAAGGGACUCUUCUGAGUCUCAGUUGGCAUCCACGGAGAGUGACAAGCCGACAACUGGUCGAGUUUAUGAGAGUGACUCCUCUAACCACUGCAUGCUUUCCCCUUCCUCUAGUGGUCACCUGGCCGAUUCAGAUACACUGUCUUCUGCAGAGGAGAAUGAACCCUCCCAGGCAGAAACAGCGGUAGAAGGAGACCCUUCCGGAGUGUCUGGUGCCACAGUUGGGCGCAAGUCUCGCCGGUCCCGAUCUGAAAGUGAAACAUCCACCAUGGCUGCCAAGAAAAACCGGCAAUCCAGUGAUAAACAGAAUGGCCGAGUCGCCAAGGUUAAAGGUCAUCGGAGCCAAAAGCACAAGGAGAGAAUCAGGCUACUGAGGCAGAAACGGGAGGCUGCUGCACGAAAGAAAUAUAACUUGUUGCAGGACAGUAGUACCAGUGAUAGUGACCUGACUUGUGACUCAAGCACGAGCUCAUCAGAUGAUGAUGAAGAAGUUUCAGGGAGCAGCAAGACAAUCACUGCAGAGAUACCAGAUGGACCUCCAGUUGUAGCUCAUUAUGAUAUGUCUGACACCAGCUCUGAGCCAGAAGUGGUAAAUGUGGACAAUUUAUUGGCGGCUGCAGUAGUUCAAGAGCACAGUAAUUCUGUAGGAGGCCAGGACACAGGAGCUACCUGGAGGACCAGCGGGCUUCUAGAGGAGCUGAAUGCAGAGGCAGGUCAUUUGGAUCCAGGAUUCCUAGCAAGUGACAAAACAUCUGCUGGCAAUGCACCACUCAACGAAGAAAUUAAUAUUGCUUCUUCAGAUAGUGAAGUGGAGAUUGUGGGAGUUCAGGAACAUGCAAGGUGUGUUCAUCCUCGAGGAGGUGUGAUUCAGAGUGUUUCUUCAUGGAAGCACGGCUCUGGCACGCAGUAUGUUAGCACCCGGCAAACACAGUCAUGGACUGCUGUGACUCCCCAGCAGACUUGGGCGUCACCUGCAGAAGUUGUUGACCUUACAUUGGAUGAGGAUAGCAGACGUAAAUACCUACUGUAAUGCAAUGUCACUGUGUUUCCUCUGCACUGUUCCCUUCCACUUACUCCUCCUCCUCUUUGUGACAUGGAAGUUCAUUGUCAUAGCUUCAGCUUCAGAAGCUGUUUGUGGCAUUUGUAUAAUUGAAACUCAUGGAAAAUUGCCCCCUUCCCUUUUUUUUUUUUUAAAUUAAAAGAAGUCACUUAGGAAAGUAACUUAUCACAGAGAAAAGAAUUUCUUCUUUCCCUCAGUAGGAAUCUGAGAAUGAUGAAUUUUAUUAGACAACUUCAUUUUACUUGGUGACUUUCAAUCUUAGGAAACUGCCUUCCUUUUAGAAUGAUAUUUUAAUUACCAGGUGAAAUGGAUUUCAGUUUUUGAAUCUUGUAUUUAUUUUUCUGUGUAAUAAAAUUAAUAUGUAGACUUGACCACUGUCAGCCCACCCAUUGGCACUCCUACCUUAGGGCAUUUGCACACAUAUUAGUCAGUUCCUUUUUGGCACCUAGUAGGGCAUGUGCAUUGAAAACCUGUCCUUAAAAAUAGAAGACAGAAGUGUUACUUUUCUUUUAGCUUAAGUCUUCUGCCUUUUUUCCUGACUUUGCUCCUGGCUGAAUUCCCACAACACAAAUAAUUGACAUGACCCUUUGUGUUUAUAAAUACUGCUAAGGUGACUUAGUUGAUCUCCUUGUUGCAAUAAUUCAUAACUCUGGAAAAUAUCUCCUUGUGAGGCAGAGGCAUUUCAGAUAGAUACCCCACCAUGAGGUUUGGGCAUCUGAGGAGAGUAUUGAGAGAUCCCUUUUCUCCCCCUGGUUUGUUCAAAUAAUGGGAGAAACAUAGAACCUGUUACUUAGGUAGAAUAUGAAAAGUUGUGUAGCUUCUAAGGCUUUGGGCACUUGAAAAAUCUGAGAGGGCAGUGCCGCCUUCUGUAGCUGGUCUCUCUGUAAAGGAUGUAAUGACAACUGUUUGAUACUUGAGCUGAAGUUGACCUGUUGCUAUAUUUGGGUAUUUUUCUCCUCUACCUUCUAAAAGUGGAAAAUUCAAAAUACAUCAUAAGAAACCAGAUGCAAAACACAUUAAUGGCCCUGUAGGUUUUAUAGUAUCUAACAGGAAUAACAAAGGGUAGUAGGAGCAUCAGGGAAUUCAGGAAAUGCCGGUGUUGGAGUUUUGUGGCAUUAGUUACUACCUUUUUUACUAUAACAUUGUAGUUACUAGUGAAUUAUUUUACAAGCAAUACCUAGAAUUAGAACACUAUGUACUGUGCACAGGGAGGAGUGAAGUAAUGCUGGCUUAGAAGACCUCACUUUUUGUUUUUCCACAGUUUUUGUCUGCUUUUGUUUCCAUUUUUACCAUAUAAUGGGGCUCUAGCCCUUUGCCUCCCUUCCCAAAUGCCUUGGCGGCUCUUCCUUAUCAUACGAGCAUGAGAACGACCAUUUUCAGUUUCCACUCAGCGGACACACAUUUAUACCAAGUGCCUGUUCUGCCUAAGGCGCUGUGGUGGUGCUGUGGGGCUGCUGCGGAGAACAGGACACCCACCGCAUGUGCGUGCGUCCGGCUGCCUGGCUCCAGCUGCCUGGCCUUGUCUCCUGUGUGUGUAAAGACUCGCUUAUUUCUUUACCCUUCUUCGUGCUGCUUUAGUUCGUCCAUACACCUCUCCAUGGGAAUGUAUUUAAGCAUGUAUUCUUUCACCUUCUCUGAUAACAUCGCACUUGAUCUGGCCUCUGUUCUUCAUCAACUUUUUAUUUUCCUAUCAUUCUACUUUUAAUAGAUCAGGCUUUUAAAGAGAUCUUGAAUCUCCAGUUUUAGCACCUCAUGUCUCAAGUCUCUCACGUGGCCACAAUUCUAGACAAAAACCAAAGACCCAGAGGCCAGAGCGAAAUAGGACCUUCUGCACAUUCACUACUGGUGUAUCCUUGGACCUUCACAUUUUACUUUAGGAUUAAUUUAUUGAAUUUUACUGUUACACGUUGUUUUUGACUUGAAUUAAAAUGCUAGACAGAGCAGAAAUGUACAAUUUCUGGUCUAUAUUUUCCAGGAAAAUCAUUGGGGAAAGAAUAGAGUGGAUUCUAUGACUUGAAGUUUUUGCAGCUUAUUUUCCCCCCACUAUCAGGGCAGAGCCCCAUUUUAAAGAACAUUUUUGCAUUACCUGUUCUUACGUUAGCAGUAUGUUUUGGCCAAUUCCGUAUAGCAGGGGAUUUCCCAGGGCAUAUUUUCUUUAGUCCCUAACAGUCAUCCUCUAACGAGAAUUCUUUGGGUGUGCUGUGUGCACUGUGGGUUGGGAGUGGAGAGCGGAGUUGUAACCAAGCCCUUUUCUGGCCUUCUGCUUUUAUAUUGGGUUACACUUUGCCCUCACCUGUCCCUUUUCCAGCACUCUAUCUGGCUUGAUGCACCAGAACAAAAAUUAAUAUGCAAAAAGCGGGGAGGGGAAGGGAUGGUAGAGAUAGCUUUUCUCCCUACUAGGUUGGGACUUUUCCAUCUACUAACUAACUAUAGAGAGACUAUGUUUCAACUCUUCUUUCACUGCCAGAUCCAGGAGAGUAGGGAUGUGGUUUCUGGCAAGGUAUUAAUGAUAAAAUUUUGUGGUAACAGUGAGAGGCCCACGUACCACAAAAAAAAAAAAAAAAAAAAAUUCUGUGGUAAAUUUAAAAUUCUGACAUUUAAAAUUUCUUUUAAGGGGGUCUUUUUUAACCAAAGUUUUGCAUUUGGUAGCAUAGACACUUUAUGCUUCACCGUCUCUUCAAAGUAAUAUCUCCACUAAAAUGGUACACUUGGGUCGCAGAUUGGUUUUUGGCACUAACUUGGUUAAGUGCCCCCCUUCCCCCAAUUGGAAACCACAGAGCGGUAACUUAGCUAUUGCAUCAGUACAGCAAUAUUGAUACGUAGCUAUUGCUCGCCAGUAGUUGUCUCUUCAUUUUGAUGGAAGGGGCCGGACUGAAUGGACUCCAUUAUUCGUAACAAUUGAGCAUCCCAUAAAUUCUGCUUUUAUUAUUAUCAAUUGUGAAUAUGAACCAUCUGAUUUGCUAAUUUAGUCAAUUGUUCAUUGUUACUUUUAGCAGAUUAGCACCAUAGGCAAUUUAAAAAUGAAUUUGUUGCCUGCUUUUUAUACUGUGUCACAAGGUUUUUGAAAAAGCUGGGGACACAGUAUUGUCUUUCAGUUUAAAGGUUUUUUUUUUUAAAGGCAAAGAGCUCCCCUCCAUCCCUGUUUUUCAGUAUGUGUAUGAUGCGACUUCCAUGUAUAUAUAAAAAUGAUUGCGCCCUAACCAAACUUCCUCAGAUUGUGCACUGUUUGUUUAAAAUAAUCACGUAUUUUAGUCCAAUGCUGUUGUAUUUUUUCAUUUUAUUUAAAACACUACGUACUUCUUAUUCUUUUAACAAGUUUUAAAGGGUAGUGAUCUUAAAAAAAAAUCACUGGAUAACUAGGAAAUAUUUUUGUUGUUUAAAGAGUACAAAGGUCAUUGAAGCCUUUUGCUCCUCUUACCAUGAAAAUGAAAUGUUAGCCAUUGUAUGGCUAGGAACCAAUGCACUUGGUGGUUAACAGAUCUGCUGUUGCUGGAGUGUGAGCGUGGACUUGAUGCAGUGACGACAAAUCAUUGCUUAGAAUUAAUGUUUUAAAAUGUGUGACUCUAGUUUUUAAAACAAAAUUUGGUUCUUCUUUUCAUUAUUUAGUUUUUGUUUCCAUUUAGUAUUUAAUGGUCUUUGGAGAAAAAAAAAUAAUAAAACAGAGUGUUAUAUAUAUAUUUUUUGGUGCAAGAUAAGAUUUUCUGUUUUUUGAAAUAAGUCUGUAGCAUAAAGGUUAAACUAUUUUAAGACAAAAUAAAAUAGAGUGUAUUUAAACAAAGAUAAUUUCUGAGGAUUUUUUUUUUCCAUCUGCUUCAGUUAAUUAGAUGGUGCCUGGAGCAGCUCCCAAGUUAGCUUUUGGAUGUGAAAGUGAAUUAUAUUUUGUUAUUAGAUCUUAUUGUUAAAGUUCCCUGAUUUUUUCCAAGCAACAGCUGUAUCCUACUCCUAGAAUGUUUUGCAGGUGGCCUUUGGUGUGUUAGAUUUAGAUAAAAAUAGUUUUGCAUUAGCUUUCCUGUAGCCCCCACUUCCCUUUCCAGUUAGAACCAGUGAGAUUUCAAAGCUGGCGAAAGGCUCCCUAGUGCUAGGCCCCUUUGCUCCUGGGAACAAAACUCAGCUGAUAGUUACUUCCCAGAGACCAACGUGCCAGGGUAAGAUGCUGUGACUGUGUGCACUUUGCUCGUGGUUGAAGCAAAUACAGGGUGUUUCAAAAAUAGCCCAAAGAACUUUCCUCCUAAUUUGGUUCUAUUUUCAGGGUUUUUAUUUGGUUAUCAAAAUGACAGGAACUACUUACUGCGUUAACAUCUCAUGACUUUUGUAACUUACUUCAUGUAAAGGAGAAUGAGGAACCAGACAGAGUAAAGCCUGUGUUUAUUAAAAUAUUCACUCCUGGAUCUCUUUAUGUUCAUCAAAUUUUUAGUCCUACCUGCACUGGAAAGAGAUCUGUUAACAAUUAGGAAGUACACUGUUAACAGUUAGGAAGUGUUUUUAGUUUUGGGAAAUGGUUCUUUUAUACUAGUUUGUAUCUGAGACCUAGACAUGUUAGUGCCUAUGAGAAACUUCUUUUCUUGGGCUCUAGAAGAAAAUUUUUUGCUUAGGGUCUUGUUUUUGAACGCUUUUGCCCUUGGACGCUGCUUUUGAAGAAUAGACAAAGCAUGAGUAAGUAAAAUAAUCUGUGGCUAGUACUUAAUCUCAUUCUGGCUUCCUCUUUCUAUUCUUUGCUGGCUUUUGGCCUUGCCUUCCCUUGUUUGUAUGUUUUUCACAGUAGAUGACAGCUAUUUAUAACUUUAGUCCAAACAGAAAAAUUACAUAAAUCUUUACAAAAUACAUAAACAUCUCUUCAGCUCCAAUUUUGCAAUUGAAGUAAGGUGAAUUUCUUCUAGGUUUAGGUUUUGUUUUAACCAUUUUGCUGAUCUAUGGAGUGAUCCUGCUAGGUCACUGGUAGGUAUGAUUUUCUUUACUUUCUUGACUCUGUGUUUGAGAGCAGUGAUUUACAGAAUUAGAGAAGUUCCUGGGCUAUACAGUGGAGCUUUGGCUGGGAGAAUAUGCCUGGAGCAAAAGAAGGCAGUGUCAAAUAUUGGAAGGAGCAAUGCGCUCAGAAAAAGAUGCAGGUGAUGGUCAUGAACAUGAUAGUGAUGUGGAAAGAGCAUCCAUUAGCCCAACAGAGGUUGUAACACUGCUGGCUCAAUUCAACUGCCAUUGCGCUACUUUGCGGGUAGCAUGCCUUCUAGAUGGAGAUGGCUUUAGGCAAGGAUCCCUUUGUGUGAUGAGGAUUCACCAUUUCUUUCUUUCCUUUCUGCCAAGCCUUGAGAUCCCAUUUGGUAGGUGGAUGUUAGUAAAAGAUGAGAGCGAGUGCUGGCAGUGAAGUCAACCCUCAGAAAGAAGGUGGUGGCAGCAGCUUGUGUGAUCUGCUCAUAGAUCCUGGCCUUCAGGGUGGGAACACCUCUUGGUUGUAAAUUCUGUUGAUCUAACUUCUUAUUCUUUGGUAAAGGAAACUAUUUGGUACCAGUUUUUUCCUUUGUGCUUUGAUAAUCGACACCUCGAAGGAGUCAUUUCUGUUUCCUUCCCGUGGCUGCUCUGUCCUAAGAGUGGGAGGGUGAAGUGUUGUGCACCAUUGAGCCCUCACUCUUGUGCUUGAGUCUAAAGCAAGCAAGUGUGACUUUAGGAUGGAUCUUGGCACCUGCAACAGGAGGGAAAUCAGACCAGAGGGUAGAGGGACUGAUGUUUAAAAAGCCUGAACCAGAGAGCAGGAGACUCCAGAGAAAGACUGACCGCUAAGGGAUUUGAUUUCUACGCCUUAAAAUGGAGAAUUUCUAAGAUUUAUUUUCUGAGACUGAAAGACAGGACUGUGUUAUUUUAGGGAAUAAUUCAUUGUUCUGCAGAGCCGUCGCUUUUCAGGCAGGAAUUGAGGAGAGUGGCUUACUCCAGAAAGCUGUUUAAAGGACUACAGUUCUAUCAUCUCACUUAAGUUUUGGAAGGCGUUGGAUGACUAACGCCCACAAAACCUUGAAUUUCUACAAAUUCUUUAUUUUCAAAGUUUUAAAAGAAUAUGUAUUUCAAAAUUUUCACAUGGGGGUAAGAAGUGGUACAGAUUGUUAUCCUGAUUUUGCAGAUUGGAAGACUGAGAACAGAAGAAUAACAUAUCCAGAUUUACAUAGCUCGACUUAGCAAGAGUAGAUUUUUUCUGUGGUCCAAAUUAGGACUUUUUAGCUUUAAGAAAAACAAAGCCUCUUUUUUCCACCUGGUUUUUCCUUCAUUGUUAUUGCUGCUGAUUCUACUUUGUUCUGGCCUGAGAAGAAUUGGAAGAAGUCUUCCUGAGAAGGUAAUGUUUGAUUGGUUCCCUUUUUUCUUGGGCAAGUGGUCACAGAUUUAAACAUCAGAACCGCACACCUGCAUAUGCCUCUCAACUCAAGCUCAGGAAUGGCCUUGGAAACUUUUCCCAUAGAUAGAUUCCCUGUCUCAUACUUUAUGGAACAGGAAAAUGUGGAUGGUCAGUAAACAUAAAAAAGAUGCUCAGGCUCACUACUAAUUAUGGAAAUACAAACUUACAUUACAGGACACCAUUUCACAUAGGCAGAAUCAGAUAAGAAUACAUUUAAAUCCAGUAAGGAGGCAGGACAUUGGCAAUUCACUUGUCUUCUUGUAUGAGCAUAAUUUGCUACAAUUAUUUUGGAAAACAGUGGAAUUGUCUAGUAAAAAACUGAAUAUGUGCAUAUCUCAAGCUAUGGACUGAAGGUUUGGGUUUCCCCUCCCUCCCAUUCAUAUGUUGAAACUCUACUGCCCAGUGUGAUGUUAUUUGGAGGUAAGGCCCUUGGGAGGAAAUUAAGUUUAUAUGAGAUCCUAAGGGCAGAGCCCCCAUGAUGGGAUUAGCACUCUUAUUAGAAGAAGAGGAGACAUGUAAGACACAGUAAGAAGGCAGCUGUCUGCUAGCCAGAAAGAGGGCUCUCAUCCAAAUCAGACCAUGCUGGCGCCCUGAUCUUGGACUUGCAGCCUCCAGAACUGUGAGGGAAAAAAAAAAACAAAAAACCUGUUGUUUAAGCCACCUACUCUGUAGUAUUUUGUUGUGGCAGCCGGAGCUGACUAAGAGACCCAUGACCCAGUAGUUACACUAUCUGGGAUGAUACCCGUGAGCAACUUUUAAACUGUUGUGGUAGCCUAGGUAGGGAAGUCAUGAAAUCAGUUCAGUGUCUGUCAACCAUCUUUUGUUUAUGUAAGGAAAUAUUAACAACAUAGAAAUAACAGGAGACAAUAUUGUUACAUGAUACUUUUGUUAUAUACUGAUAAACAUUUACACACAAACAUGUAUGUGUACGUAGGGUCAAGAUAUAAAAUGUAUUUUAUUUAUUUUUACUGUGGGUUGCAGUAAAAAGAUAUGGAAAGCCCUGGUUCUAGAGAAACUGAUUUACAUGCUCAGAAAUGUUUAGUGUCAUUUUUCCCCAGUUUUUGGCUAUUUCAACAUGGAUGUUCAUCUAUAGGAUGGAUAAACAUUGUGUUUAUAGAAGGUGUAGCCACUGUGAAAAUUAAUGAACUAGAGCAAUAUUUAUACACUUAUAUUAGUUAUAUCAACAUGGAUAAACCUCAACACUGGAGUGGAAAAAAAGCAAGUUGCAGAAUCUGUACUACAUGAUGCCAUUUACAUGAAGUUCAAAAAGACAAAACAAUACUACAUAUUGGUAAAAAAUUGAUACACACAUAAUAAGAGUAUAAAGAAAUGCAUGAGAACAAUAAACACCAAAUUCAGACUAAUGGUUGCCUCUGGAGAGGGAGGUAAGGAGGGGUCACAGGGACUUCAACUUCACUGGCAAAAUUUCUUAAGCUGGGUAGUGGGGACACAGAUGUAUGUUAUUAUUUGUACCUUUAUGUAUAUCUUAAAUAUUUCAUAAUAAAAAUUGUUCUCUGUCUCAAGCA